AUGACGGCACCGUCUCGCGACAGCCAGAUGAUGCCUCAAGACUUCGAAGCCCAGCCCCAAGCGCGACCACAUCUCGACAACCCGAGGGUGAUGCGCAGUCCCUCCCCACCGACUCUAACGCCAGAUAUCCAAGACGCGGAUGAGCUGUCGUCACACAGUUCGUCAGCUCCUGACCAGUACGACCAGAUACCACUGGGACCCGCAGGAGCAGCGAUGCUCCAAGCUCGUGCAAGGGGCGGGGCAACCAACCAGUAUGACAACGAAACGGCGAAACGUGUCCACUUAAACAUCCAAGCGCCUGAAAGGGUGAAUUUCACCCAAUGGGAGUACAGCACGGUCACUACCACCACGUGA